AUGUCAACACUCACGAAACGUCCUAUUGGAGCACGAGCAACAUCCAAUUCGAGUGGAACAUACACUGAUUCUGCAAGUAAUAAUUACAAUGAAUCGAAUGAACAUGACCGCGAUAAACGAAAUAAAGACGAUGAACAUGAUAGUGAUGAUGAUAAAGAAACACGAUUGACUUUGAUGGAAGAAGUACUUUUACUUGGGCUCAAAGAUCGCGAAGGUUACACAUCGUUUUGGAACGAUUGUAUUUCAUCCGGUUUACGCGGUUGUAUCUUAACUGAAUUAAGUUUUCGUGGUCGAAUCGAAUUAGAAAAAACUGGCACACGUCGUCGAACAUUAGCCAAUCGCAAAGUUGUCUUACUCGAUGAUACCACUACCGGAGAUGUUUUACUCGAUGAAUCAUUACGACACAUCAAAGACACACAACCAACAGAAACAGUACAAAGUUGGAUUGAAUAUCUGAGUGGUGAAUGUUGGAAUCCAAUGAAAUUAAAAUAUCAACUUCGUAAUGUUCGUGAACGUUUGGCAAAGAAUCUCGUUGAUAAAGGCAUAUGUAGUACAGAGAAACAAAACUUCUUCUUAUUCGACAUGACAACACAUCCUCUCAACGAUAGUGUUCAUAAGUUAAAAUUGGUUAAAAAAGUUCAAGAUAGUGUUCUAACACGUUGGCCAAAUGAUCCACGUCGAAUGGAUAAACGUAUAUUAGCGUUGAUUUAUCUUGCACAUGCAAGUGAUGUUUUAGAAAAUGCGUUUACGCCAUUAUCAGAUGAAGAUUACGAAGUAGCGAUGAAACAUGUACGUGAAUUGCUCGAUCUUGAUCCCGAUCAAGAAACGAGUAAAUAUGACUCGAAAAUGGAAGUCAUGUGGGCUGUCGUAUCCGCAUUCAACAAAUGA